CCAGGUCCCGUUGUAACACACGACAUUACCAGCUAUCAUACAAUGUUUCUUUUGGCAAUUUUAGGAGGGAUGGCUCUCAUACUUUUAGUCUUGCUGUGUCUGCUUUUGUAUUAUUGCAGAAGAAAAUGUUUAAGACCACGUCAGCAUCACAAGAAGCUACAACUUUCAACAGCACUGGACACUUCUAAGAAGGAUCAAGCAACUUCAAUGUCUCAUAUAAAUUUAAUAUUUUCACGUCGCGAGUCAGAAUUUCCUGGCGGGUUGUCCGUUGCUAGCAAUGGGCACACUGAGAAAUCAGGUGCAAAGGAAUUAAUCAGUGCUGUCCAUAUGGAGAUGGUAUCACCUAGUGGAGAAGCAGAUAUGCAUACACCUAUGCUCAAACACUCAUUCAGUACUUCCCAGGAGUUUAGCUCCCGAGAGGAACUGCUCUCUGACAAGGAGAAAGACAAGAGCAGAAUUUCCUUGGAUGACCUGACUCCCAGUGGGUCUCUAAAAAAAGACUACCACAAAUCAGCAGAUAGUUUUCCUUUAAAGACAAGAAAAUCUACAGAAACAGCUGAAGGCUAUGAGUCGCCUAUCAAAGAUGAGUACAGAAGAAGUUACAAUGCUAUACUGUCUCAGCCUUUAUUUGAAAAGCAAGAGAGAGAAAUUCAAGUAUCUAUGAACCAUAUUGCUACUGGAAGUAAAUACAAUAUUCAGGAGCAAAUAUACCCCACACCUUCAGCACCUGAAAAAGAGCUGCUGGACUGCAGACCCACUGACUGUAUGAUGUCUCGUUCAGUUGAUCACCUCGAAAGGCCCACAUCUUUCCCUCGACCAGGUCAGUUAGUCUGCUGCAAUUCAGUUGACCAAGUCAAUGACAGUGUUUACAGAAAAGUUUUGCCUGCAUUGGUCAUCCCAGGUCAUUACAUGAAAUUGCCAGGAGAACACCCUUUUGUUAGCCAGCCACUGGUUGUCCCAGCUGACCAGCAGAUUGAUAUAGAAAGACUUCAGGCUGAGCUGCCUAACCCUCAUGCACGGCUUUUUCCACACCCCCCACAACAGCUGCAACCCCAACAGUUAGCAUCCCAAGCAAUAUCUCAGCAACAUUUACAAGAUGCAGGUGCAGCUGAGUGGGGUCAACAAAAUGCUUCCAUGUCUGAAUCUAUUUCCAUUCCUGCCUCGCUUAAUGAUGCGUCCCUGGGUCAAAUGAAUAAUGAAGUGCAGCUUCUCACAGAAAAGGCUUUGAUGGAAUUAGGAGGUGGAAAGCCGUUGCCUCACCCUCGAGCGUGGUUUGUUUCUCUAGAUGGACGCUCAAAUGCUCACGUUAGACAUUCUUACAUUGAUCUCCAAAGAGCUGGUAGGAAUGGGAGCAACGACGCCAGUUUGGACUCUGGCGUUGACAUGAACGAACCAAAAUCUGCCCGAAAGGGAAGAGGAGAUCAUCUGUCUGCGCCACAGAGUCACCCACCAGUGCAAGAGCACCAGCAGAGAGAGCAGAAGAUUUCGGAUAGCACAGCUUACACGCAGCUCGUGUACUUGGAUGACAUGGACCAAAGUGGCAGCGAGUGCGGGACAGCGGUUUGUAGCCCUGAGGACAAUGCUCUACGGUGCCUGCUAGAAGGCAGUAGUAAGAGAAGUGGUGUGCAGCUGCCCAGCCUGCAGGAGGAAACAAGAACUGUGGAUACCAAACCAGAGCCAUUAACUAGUCCUGAACACAGAACAUCGGUUCAAGAUGAUGAUGAGGAUGAGGAUGAAGAAGAUGACCAAGGUGAAGAUAAGAAGAGUCCUUGGCAGAAAAGAGAGGAAAGGCCACUAAUGACUUUCAAUCUAAAGUGAGCUAUUGUGAAAAUCCACCUUUCAGUGGAGUAUAAAAUUGCCAAAUAUUCUUUCUGUGGAAGUGCUUGAUUUUUUUUUUUUCUUUCUUUUUUUUUUUGUGGAGAGAAAAAAGAAAAACAAACUGUGGUGAGCAACAUUUGAUGAGCAUUACUGUGUAAAUGUUAGAAAAGAAUUAAAAUCAUUCCUCUGAUUUAAUGGCUGCCUCCAGUGAGAUAGCUGAACAAAGAGUAUGAUUGUUAUUCCAUAUACUUGAUAUUGGUCAUCCAGGAUGUUGAAAAUACUGACGAAUUGUUUGGUUGGUUUAUGACCUCAAUCUCCUUAUGAAUGGGAGCUGGUAAAGCUUUUGUUUUGUAGGCUAAUUUUAUGUUGAUAAUGCUACUGAAAGUAUCUUAAAACCAAGAGUUUGACACAUGGUGUCCCAAAUGUGCAUUAUCUCAAUGAAAGGCUAUGCAUUGCUGCUUUUAGUAAUAUUUUGCUUAUACUAUGCUUUUCUUAAUUUUAAGAGUUGGUUGUAAACAUUUUCUGUCCUUUAUAAUAAACUACUCAGCAACUUAUUUUAAUGUAAAACUGCAGGAAACUUGAGUAGCAUCCCUUAGCAUUGAAGCCUUUUUUACAGUAACAAUGAACAGUCCCUUCUUUUGCUAUCUCCUUUUAAUUGACCCAUUUGGGAUUUUAUAAACGUCUGAACUUCUACCUUUUAUUUUAAGCUGCAUGCCAAGAGUCCCAUUUUGUGCUGAGCGUUUCUCAUUUCAAUACAGUGUAUUCUG